AUGGCCGGCAAAGCGGCGAAGGCGACGGCGACUAAUGCUAACAACAACGGCGGCGGCGGAUACAUAAGGACGGUGACGCUGCGCGGCUUCGACGGCAUCCGCGUCCGCGUCUCGGCGGCGACGAUGGCGGCGGCGUCGGCGACGGCGAGGGCCAGGCUCGACGAGGCGAUCCGGCGGACGCCCCGCCACGCCGCCGUCCCCGACGACGUCCUCAUCAACGUCCCCGGCGUCGCCCGCCCCGUGCUCGCCCGCGUCGCCGACUACUGCGACCGCCACUACGGCGGCGGCGGCGGCGGCGAGGGCGGCGAGUUCGCGGCGCCGGAGGGGUACGGGUUCGACGACCCGCUGGCGCGGUUCGACGACGAGCUGAUGGACGGCGCCGACGUGGGCACGGUGGUGGACCUCCUCCGCGCCGCCGCGUUCCUGCGGGUGGAGCGGCUGGCCGACCUGGCGAGCCGCGAGGUGGCGGCGUGCAUGCGCGGCCGGACGGUGGAGGGGAUCCGCCAGGUGUUCGGCAUCGCCAACGACUACACCGACGAGGAAGAACAGGACGUCCGCAAGGAGAAUUCUUGGGCCUUCGACGCCUACAACGAUUGA